CAAUUCGUAGUUCAAUUCACCACACUCUCUCUCUUUCGAUCUCAUUAAUUUGUACUAUUUAUUAGUUUUUGGCGUGUCUCUAUUUAUCCAUAAGUUUAUACACUAUAUAUAUAUAUAUAUCCGGUCACUCAUAUCCUUCUAACUCUCAUCACUCCACAACUAAUAUCUCACCUGAAUUUCUCCCCUGUCCCAUCAAAUUUAUAUGGAAGACCUAAUGAUUUCACCGUCCUCAUCAUCGUCUCUAGUCUCAUUAUCCCAAGAACAACCAACAGUAGUAGUCCUGCAACAGAGGCUUCAACUCUUACUCCAAACCCAGCCUGAUUGCUGGAAUUAUGCUAUUUUCUGGCAGACCUCAAACGACGACGCCGGACGAAUCUUUCUAACCUGGGGAGACGGCCACUUCCAAGCCUCCAAACACUACUCCACUACUAGGACCACUCAUCAUCCUCAAACCCUACACCUCGACAGAAAGAUUAUCGAUGAUGACGAUGAUGAUGAUGUCAUCAACACGAACGGAGCUACGGACGCCAACGCCGACGCCGAGUGGUUCUACGUCAUGUCGUUGAGUCGAUCUUUCUUCGCCGGAGAAGGUGUUCCCGGGAAGGCCUUGAGUUCUGGUUCGUUGGUUUGGUUGACCGGCGGCCAUGAGCUUCGGUACUAUAACUGCGACCGAGCAAACGAAGCUCAACUUCACGGGAUCGAGACUCUGGUCUGUAUCCCAACCAGUUGUGGGGUUCUUGAACUGGGUUCUUCCAAAAUCAUUAUGGAGAAUUGGGGUUUAGUCCAAAAAGCAAAGUCCUUAUUCGGGUCAACCGAUCCGAACCCGAUUCAGUUCCUACACCGCCAGAAUAUUUCCUUCGCCGACAUUGGAAUCACAGCCGGAGCACGGAAAGAAACGGACAUCAACACAAAUGAAACGAAGACUUUACUACCGUUGAUAAAGACGAAUAUUAACAGCAUAUAUUCUGAGUCUGAUAAUUCGGGUUCGAUUUCGGACUAUCCAGUACCGGUUGAUAACGUCAGCAAACGGGUACCGAAAAAGCGUGGACGAAAACCGGGUCUGGGUCGGGAUACACCUUUGAACCACGUGGAAGCUGAAAGGCAGCGGCGUGAGAAGCUGAACAACCGUUUCUACGCGCUACGCGCCGUUGUCCCUAACGUUUCGAGGAUGGACAAAGCGUCUCUGUUAUCCGACGCCGUUUCGUACAUAAACGAGCUCAAAACGAAGAUAGAGGAAUUGGAGUCCCAAUUAGUUAUUUCCCGAAGGGAUUAUCACAACAAUAAGAGAGUAAAGGUUGAAAUGGGGUGUGAUAAUAGCAGCUUAGACAACCAGAGCACGUGUACCACUUCCGUUAAUAAUUCAAACAACUCCUCCUCCGAUCAUUAUCAGUCCCCCUCGGCCGCCGUUGGAGAAGUCGAUCGCGACGGAAUCGAGCUAGAUGUUAAGAUAGUUGGUACGGAUGCGAUGAUUAGGGUUCAGUCGGAGAAUGAGAAUUACCCAUCGGCCAGGCUAAUGGAUGCGUUGCGUGAGCUUCAGUUUCAGGUCAACCAUGCCAGCGUCUCAACCAUCAAUGACCUUAUGCUUCAAGACGUUGUCGUCAAGGUUCCCGAUCAAAGAAUGAGAUCUGAUCACCAAGCUCUCAAAGCUGCCAUUCUCGCUAGAUUUUAAUUAUAUAAUAAAUGUAAGUAUUUAAUUUAAUUGUUAUUAUAUAUAUUUAUUAAUUAAUUAGUUUGUUUUGUAAAAAUUUCUUGAUUAUUAUAUAUUCCUUCUUGUGUAAUGUUUAGUCAUGUAAAAGAGAUCUGGAGAUAUGUAAUAAAGAUAAUAAGAAAGGAGCUCUUUUCUGUCU